GUGACGUAGCGCGCAGCCGCAGCGGGGGGCGGACUCUGGGCUUUUCUUCCCCUUCUGAUUUUCCCCUCCCCCCUUUUCUCCCUUUCCGGGUUUGGUUCCCCCCUUUUCUUCCCCUCUCCCCCCUCCUUCCCAAGCCCCUUUCCCCUCCCCCGUCCCAGUCCCCCCUGCUUCCCAGCCCUCGGCCCCGGGAAAGCCCCGGCCGAGAAAAGCCCGCCCCCAGAAGCGCGCCGCCGCCGGCCGUCGGGGCCGAGCCGCAGCCGAGCGGCCGUGGGCCCGGGCGGCGGGCGGAGACGUGGGCGCCCUCCCCGCCAAGGCCCGUGCGAGGGUCUUGCUCUGUUGCCCAGGCUGGAGUAAACUGGCAUGAUCAUGACUCACUGCUGUCUCGACCUCCUGGGCUCAAGGCUCCCAAGUAGCUGGGACUACAGAGGUUAGACUUGUUUCUUAUAUGUGAUGCCAUUCCAGCACUGGACUCAUGGAGGCUGAGCAUUUAUUCAGGAGUCCAUAGAGGCCACUGUAUUCUAUUGAAGAACAUGUCUAACAGUAACACUACUCAAGAGACCCUGGAAAUAAUGAAAGAAUCAGAAAAAAAACUGGUGGAAGAAUCUGUAAACAAAAACAAGUUUAUAUCUAAGACUCCAAGUAAGGAAGAAAUUGAGAAAGAAUGUGAAGAUACCAGUUUGCGUCAGGAGACACAGGAUUAUGAGUUCCUUUUUGACAAGAGGCGGACAUCUAACCAUGGUCAUGCCAGGAAAAGAGCCAAGUCUAAUUCCAAGCUAAAGUUGGUGCGUAGCCUGGCAGUGUGUGAGGAGUCCUCCACCCCAUUUGCUGAUGGGCCAUUAGAAACCCAGGAUAUAAUUCAAUUGCACAUCAGUUGCCCUUCUGACAAGGAGGAAGAAAAGUCCACAAAAGAUGUCUCUGAAAAGGAAGACAAGGACAAAAACAAAGAAAAGAUCCCAAGGAAGAUGCUGUCCAGAGACUCCAGCCAGGAAUAUACGGACUCCACUGGAAUAGACCUACAUGAAUUUCUUGUAAAUACACUGAAAAAGAACCCAAGGGACAGAAUGAUGCUGCUAAAAUUAGAACAGGAGAUUCUGGAAUUUAUUAAUGACAACAAUAAUCAGUUCAAGAAGUUCCCUCAGAUGACCUCAUAUCACCGGAUGCUAUUACACCGGGUAGCUGCCUAUUUUGGGAUGGACCACAAUGUUGAUCAAACUGGGAAAGCUGUCAUCAUCAACAAAACUAGUAACACAAGAAUCCCUGAACAGAGGUUCUCAGAACAUAUAAAGGAUGAGAAGAAUACAGAAUUUCAACAGAGGUUCAUUCUCAAGAGAGAUGAUGCCAGUAUGGACCGAGAUGAUAACCAGAUCAGAGUUCCAUUGCAGGAUGGAAGGAGGAGCAAGUCAAUAGAAGAGAGAGAGGAGGAAUAUCAAAGGGUCCGAGAGAGAAUAUUUGCCCGAGAGACUGGCCAGAACGGAUAUCUAAAUGACAUCAGGGGGAACCGUGAAGGGCUGAGCCGCACCUCAAGCAGCCGCCAGAGCAGCACAGACAGCGAACUCAAAUCCCUGGAGCCACGCCCUUGGAGCAGCACAGACUCUGAUGGCUCUGUCCGGAGCAUGCGACCCCCUGUCACCAAAGCUAGCAGCUUCAGUGGAAUCUCUAUCCUUACCCGAGGUGACAGCAUCGGCAGCAGUAAAGGCGGCAGUGCGGGAAGGAUCUCCAGGCCAGGUAUGGCACUAGGUGCCCCAGAAGUGUGCAACCAGGUCACCUCAUCCCAGUCUGUCCGGGGGCUUCUCCCUUGUACUGCCCAGCAGCAACAGCAGCAGCAGCAGCAGCAACUUCCUGCUCUCCCACCCACGCCUCAGCAACAGCCACCCUUGAAUAAUCACAUGAUCUCACAGCCAGUCCCGGCUCUGCAGCCCUCUCCGCAGCCUGUUCAGUUCUCUCCAAGCUCCUGUCCCCAAGUCCUUCUGCCAGUCUCUCCGCCCCAGCAGUACAACAUGGCAGAUGACCUCAGCAACCCCUUUGGACAAAUGAGCCUUAGUCGCCAAGGUUCUACUGAAGCAGCUGACCCAUCUGCAGCUCUAUUCCAGACCCCACUUAUCUCCCAGCACCCUCAGCAGACUAGCUUCAUCAUGGCUUCCACGGGUCAGCCCCUCCCCACUUCCAACUAUUCCACCUCUAGCCAUGCACCACCUACUCAGCAAGUUCUGCCGCCCCAGGGGUACAUGCAGCCCCCUCAACAGAUCCAGGUUUCUUACUAUCCCCCUGGACAAUAUCCUAACUCCAACCAGCAAUAUCGACCUCUCUCUCACCCGGUGGCCUAUAGCCCCCAACGUGGUCAGCAGCUGCCUCAGCCAUCCCAGCAGCCUGGUUUACAGCCCAUGAUGCCUAACCAGCAGCAGGCGGCUUACCAAGGCAUGAUUGGGGUCCAGCAGCCACAGAACCAGGGCCUGCUCAGCAGCCAGAGGAGCAGCAUGGGGGGCCAGAUGCAAGGCCUGGUGGUUCAGUACACUCCACUGCCUUCUUACCAAGUUCCAGUGGGUAGUGACUCGCAAAAUGUGGUCCAGCCGCCUUUCCAGCAACCCAUGCUGGUCCCUGUGAGCCAGUCUGUGCAAGGAGGCCUCCCAGCAGCGGGGGUACCAGUGUACUAUAGCAUGAUCCCACCUGCUCAGCAGAACGGUACGAGCCCUUCUGUAGGGUUUCUGCAACCCCCUGGCUCUGAGCAGUACCAGAUGCCUCAGUCUCCCUCUCCCUGCAGUCCACCACAGAUGCCACAGCAGUACUCAGGAGUGUCACCUUCUGGACCAGGUGUAGUGGUCAUGCAGCUGAAUGUCCCUAAUGGACCCCAGCCCCCUCAGAACCCAUCCAUGGUCCAGUGGAGUCAUUGUAAAUACUACAGCAUGGACCAGCGGGGGCAGAAGCCUGGAGACCUGUACAGUCCUGACAGCAGCCCCCAGGCCAACACACAAAUGAGCAGCAGCCCUGUCACAUCUCCUACCCAGUCUCCAGCACCUUCUCCUGUCACCAGCCUCAGCAGUGUCUGCACAGGACUCAGUCCCCUGCCUGUCCUCACACAGUUCCCCCGGCCUGGGGGUCCAGCACAGGGUGAUGGGCGCUACUCCCUUUUGGGCCAGCCAUUACAGUACAAUCUGUCCAUCUGCCCUCCCUUGCUCCAUGGCCAGUCAACUUACACGGUGCACCAGGGACAGAGUGGAUUGAAGCAUGGAAACCGGGGCAAGAGACAAGCACUCAAAUCUGCCUCCACUGACCUGGGGACAGCAGAUGUUGUCCUGGGGCGGGUGCUGGAGGUGACAGAUCUCCCUGAGGGCAUCACCCGUACUGAGGCGGACAAACUCUUCACGCAGCUCGCCAUGUCCGGCGCCAAGAUCCAGUGGCUCAAGGAUGCUCAGGGGCUGCCUGGAGGGGGUGGGGGAGACAACAGUGGGACUGCUGAGAAUGGCCGCCACUCGGACCUCGCUGCCUUGUACACCAUUGUGGCUGUGUUCCCCAGCCCCCUGGCUGCCCAAAAUGCCUCCCUUCGUCUCAACAACUCCGUGAGUCGCUUCAAACUUCGAAUGGCCAAAAAGAACUAUGACCUGAGGAUCCUGGAGCGAGCCAGCUCCCAAUAAAUGGAGGAGGGGAAAGGGACUGUCACAGAAGGAGCAAGGGCAGGGUGGAGGGGGUUAAAGGAUCCUGACAGACCAUGGACAGAGGCAGGAAGUAAGAAAACUGAUGUUAAACUGGAACCUAAGACAGUGAUGAAGAUGGAAACACAGAUACCUACACUGGCAUUGGACUCCUUCUUGCUCCCCUGCCAUGGGUCCUCUCUUUUUCCCUGGUUGACCCCCCUUGCAUCACUCUUCUUCCCAUCCUCUUUUUUUUUUUUUUUUUUUUUUUUUUUUUGAGACGGAGUUUCGCUCUUGUCACCCAAGCUGGAGUGCAGUAGCGCGAUCUUGGCUAACUGCAACCUCCAGCUCCUGGGUUCAGGUGAUUCUCCUGCCUCAGCCUCCCAAGUAGCUGGCACUACAGACACGCGCCACCAUGCCCAGCUAAUUUUUGUAUUUUUAGUAGAGACGGAGUUUCACCAUGUUGGCCAGGCUGGUCUCAAACUCCUGACCUCAGGUGAUCCACCCGCCUUGGCCUUCCAGAGUGCUGGGAUUACAGGCGUGAGCCACUGUGCCCGGCUUCCAUCCUCUUCUAUCAUUUUUAAAAAUCUCUUCUCCUAUCAUAAAAUUAAUUUCUCUCAUAUUUUUUGGUCAGGUAGAAUUGGGAAAGUCCCACACUGUCCUCCUAUUACCUUAACGUCCCAAGCUUCCUUUCCUUUUUUGGUCUUUAUGAAUAUAUUUAUAUGGACAGAAUUAAGAUAAACAAAAUUGAUUGCCCCAUUCUCUCACUUCCCCAUCUUGUCUUCCUAGACCCCACAGAGUUAAAACUUGGGAUUCCCCCGGCUCCCCCAGAACACUUGUAUAUUGUUUGUUUGAGGUUCGUGCCGCAGUUUAACAGACACAGUAUUUAAUUGCACAUACAGAUGUUUGCUGGGUAUAUUCACUGUAAAUUUUAUUUAAUCUGUUUUUUUGUUUGGGGGUUAUUUGGGGGGAGGUUGGUUUUGUUUUUAAAUAUAAAAAAAAAAAUCUGUCACUGGA